UGCGAGGACGCGCAGACUCAAUCUGGGGCUGGCAGCGACGCGCUUGUAGUGACGGUAGCUAUAUAUACGUCCAUUCAGCAUUUCUUCCCCCUUUAAGAAACUGUGUUCUUGUCUCUUCGGAGAAGUGAAGGAGGGCGGCAUCUCGCCAACUAUACCUGGCAACCUGCUCGGUUGUAGACCUCUGGACUACCUGUACUGAAGAUUUCCAGCUGAAAUCCUGACAUGAAGCUCAAUUUAUUCGGAACCACCGUGAUUCUGCUCGUUGCCUUCUUACCGCGCUACGAAUGUCGGGCUAUUGAGAGCCCAGGCGGUCCCCUGCGCAUCCCCGCUCUCCAAAGCCAAAACUCCGAACAACAGCAGCGACAGCAGCAGGAGCAGCAGCAGCAGCCGGGUCCCAUUCUGGAGCGCCUCGGUGAGGAGUAUUUCAUCCGGCUGGGAAACGGGGACUCUAACUCUUUCCCAUCCUUGUACUAUCCCGGCGGAUCCCCGUCCAUCUUCAACAGAGCGCAGCAGCUCCAGCUGACGCGGCGCCUCUUGCAGGGGAAAGUUGGCAACAUCAGGGCGCUCAUUGGCGGCUUCGCCGACCGUGGGGACGAGUCGAUGGAGAGGAGGAAGAGGUCCGAAGACCCGCCGAUAUCCCUGGACCUGACAUUCCACCUGCUGCGGGAGAUGAUGGAGAUGUCCCGGGCGGAACAGCUGGCCCAGCAGGCGCAGAACAACAGAAGGAUGAUGGAGCUGUUUGGGAAAUGAAACCAUCUCUCCAGUCCGCCAAAGAUCUCAGUUCCCUCUGUUUUUUGUUUUUGUUUUUUUUCGUUCUGCAUUUAUUAGCACAAAAACAUGCUGUGUGCAAUAUAGUGCUGCUUUAUCACUCUAUAAUUUAAAGCUUUAACCUGAAAAUGAUGGAGCGUAAACGGACUGGACUGGUCCGCUUAUACCUUGGCAUUUUGAUGUUGGUGUCGAAUUUGUAGAGUUUGAGAAGAUGCACUUUUCUUUGGUUCAGACAUGAAUUUGUAUUUUGUUUUAGAUUAUGAACCGCUGUAUUUAUGAUAUUUAUGUUUGUUAAUAAACUUAUGUGCAACCAGACAUUUUUUCUGUUGUGCAACGACACGUCUUAUAUUUAUAUUUUUAAAUAAAAAAUAAACAAAUGCAACGCUUA